AUGCCAGUGGCCAUGGACACAGGCCAGGCGUCCGGCCCGAGCCGUGCCGGCCACAAGGACAAAUGCCUGCAGGUGCUGCUACGGGAACUCUGCCAGCUCCAGGCCAAGCAGAGGAAGCUGAAGAGGGAGGUGGAGAAGUACAAGCUUUUUGAAGACUAUCUGGUUAAGGUCCUGGAGAAAAUCCCCAAGGGUUACAGUGAAGGGCGGGAGAUGGAGGAGGCCCAGGAGGAGGCCCUGGUGGAGGUGCUGGUGCAGCACUAUGGGAAGCUCUUUGCCGUCAGCCAGGACAUCCAGAAGCUCCUGGAGGCCUUCUCCAGGAUGAGCCAGGCCGUCCACCAGAGCCUGGAGUCCCUCGAGGAGAGCCAUCGAGCCCUCAUUCCGACCCUCAAGAUCCGGCUGUGCCAGCUGCAGAAGAGGUGUCACCGCAGGCAGGAGCAGCAGUGGCAGUCGGAACACAAUGUCGCCUUUCAGAAAGACAGGGGCAGCUAUCAUGUGGGAAGCAAGGCGGCCGCAGCUGAUCUCCACCCUGGAGGCCUGAAGCCCAGGACGCAGGCGCUGCCCGGAGUGAGGAGUGCUGGGUGCCUGCAGGCCCCUGCCCCGCCCCUGCCCCAGAGUCAGCUGCUCAGCUAUUUGCAGAUGACCAUCGACCACAUGGCCCAGCAGUGCUGCUCUUCUGCCCCUGCCGUGCCCAUGGGCGUCUUCACCAAGCUCGACCUGAUCCAGAAAUUUAUAUUGGACAAAAUGGAGACGGUGAAAUUUAUCUUACUGUGCAUGGAACCCAGAGUGUGCUGGACAGACGGCAGCCACAAGGACCAGCAAUGCAGAAGCCACCCCAGAUCCUUCAGGAAAUGUCCCCCGAGGCAAGCUCUCAUCCCAGGGGCCUCCUUAACCAACACCGAGACCUCCGAGUGCCCCUGCCUGCGCUGACCCGCCGACCGCCACCCAGCGGCCAGCAUCACGACCAUCUCCUGACCUGCGUGGCCUCCUUUUCUCACCCUCAGUGCCCAUGAGUGGGUGGGAGCCCGCCUGAGGGCAGUGGGCGAACGGGUGGGGUCCCCGGGGCCAGCUGGGAUAGG